AUGAAUGAGUUACUAUCAAAUUUAACAAAACCAAAUGUAAGCCAAAAAGAGAUCAUGCACACAACCUUUGACUUGCAACUGAUAGUAACCAGAGAAAUUGCGAAAACAGAUUCAAAUUUGAAUGAAAUUGCAAAUUUAAUUUUUGAUCUAUUAAAUAGAACUGAUCAAAUUAAUGAAUAUGCACUCUUUCCAUUCUUAAGCAUAGUUCCACAAAUAUUUUACAAGCUAGAUUCUGAUAAACAAACAUUUUUACAAAAAUUAAUCGAAAUUGAUGUUCCAAUUCAUAUUCUAAUACCUUUAUUUCGAUCUCUAUCAGAAAUAAAUCUUAACAAUGCAUCAACAGAAUCAUAUUUCAACAAAUUAAGUCAAGUUAUUGAAAAUAAUCCAAAAUCAGCUUCAAGUUUACUUAAUAUCAUUCUUUUCUUCUAUGAAUACAAGAAAUUACCAAAAUGUGCCGAUUUAAUCUGCAAAAUUUUUCAAUAUUUAGAUUCAAAUGAAUUACCAGACUGUUUUUACUUAAUCAGACAACGUAGAUCGCAUUCAUUCGACCUAGUAUCUGCAAUCACUAGGCACAUAUCCUCAUAUGUCAACAAAAAAGAUGCAAAAUUUAAUAAUUCAGAUUUACUACUAUUAUUUAUUAUUUCUAAGAUCGACAUUGGCCAACCAUCUGCUCUCAUACGUAAACUGAUUACAAAAGAUGAAAAAUUUCACUUAUCUUUGGAAAAAUUUAAUAUGAAAGUUUUUUCACCAUCAGAUUUAAUUGAUUGUUUUUGUGGUAUAUGUUCUGAUAAUCUAAAGAAGCAAUACAUAACUAUUGUAGCUCGAUUACUCUAUCAAUGCUUUGUUUCGACUGAAUACAGAGAAAUUAUCACUUAUGCUUUAUACAAUGAAGAUGAAAAUAGAAAUUUAUUUGAUGCUACAAUCGAAGCUUUUGAAUUAUGUUCAAAAAAUUCGAAAAAAUUGAUUUUAGACAAAAUUGACGUUAUUUCUAUUUUGUAUUCUGUUUCUAAGAACGUUUGUGCUUUAAUCAUUGGCUCUAUAUUGCGUGUAGCUGCUUAUUCACCAAUAACUAUCGAUUCUGCAAUAAUUUAUUUAAAAAAAUUGUUGAUGAGACCGGUACAUGCAGAAAAAGCGAUCAAAUGUUUCUGUUUAUUAUAUGAAAGUAUAGAAGGACCUCAAAAUGCUCAAUUUCGUCUUCAAAUUAUUGAUAUUUUAUUUCAAAUUUUUGAUGAACCUUAUUUUCGCUUUAAAAUAUGCAAGGAACUUCGUAAAAUCGAUAUUAAUCAUUUUGAUAACGAAAUAAAGCAAAAGAUCCUUAAAUAUUGCGAAAAAUUUGAAAAUAAUAUUCAUGAACUGAAUAGCUUAGUUAGUUUGGACCAAAAUCAGUGUAUUAUUAUAAAUGAUACACCUGCAGCUCUCCUUGACUUGUUAAUUUACUUAGGAAAGGAUCCAAAAGAGUAUUUUCAUCUUAUUGAGUUAAAAGACCGUAUUUUUGAAGAUGAUCAGUUAGAAACGAUUAAGUUUGCACUAAUAGUUGAUAUAUUUGCUGUUCUUGCUCCAUUUAAUGAAGAUUUUUUCAAGAUUUUUUGUGAAUUUUCCAUUUCUCUAACAAAAAAGACUCUUUGUAACCAAGAUAUCAUUAAAGAAUGGUGUACAUUGAGUCUGAACAGAGAUUUUGCAGAAAAACAACUAAUUAAGGCGGAAAAGGUUUCAUUUAUUAAUAAUAUCUUUUUAAUUGAAUCAUUGACCGACCACCAGAUAUCCAAUGAAUGUUACAAUGCAUUAUCCCAAUUAUUUAUAUCAGAUGACUUGAAAAAUGAAGAAUUUUCAAUUCUUACGAAAGAAUUAGCUAAAUAUGGAGUAUUUGAUCCAAGUGAAUAUCAUGCUAUAUAUAAGGAGCUCAUUCUUGGUAUUCUUCUUGAAUCUGAUGCUUCUUUCAAGUUAGAUUCAAAUCAAAUAAUAAAUCAACUGAUAAGCAGCCUAGAAACGGGUGAUUUAUCAACUGAAGCAUUACUUUCAUAUGUUUCUCUCCUGUCCACGCAGAUACCAAGCGGAGAUCUAGAGAUUUCAGCAAGAUUAUAUGAUUUAAUCAAAAAACUUGAAUUUAACAACACAAAAGUUGUUAGUAAAUUCAUAGAAUUGCUUCUUCUCAAAUCUCCAAGGGACAUGGCCAUACAAUAUUCAUAUGAAAUUUUAAAUUCAUGGGAAGACAAAGGAGAAUUCAUCGUCAACAAGCAAAAGUCGAAGAAAUCAGCAAUGUAUGUCUCAAUGUGCAAAUGUUUGGCCGCAAGAGCCAUAGCUGAACAAAAAAUUUCCGAUGAUUUAUUAGAUCUUUUGUGUGAAGUACUUGAGCCAUCAAAUAUCAUCAGUACAGCAUUUGUUUUAAAUGCAACACUCGAAUUGAUACUAAAUUUCAUUAAAUUACUUGAAAAUCCUCCACCUCAAAAUUUCGAGAAAUUUAGAAAUUUAGUUUAUAGUUUUCUCUCAAGAUUUCGAAGUGAAAAGGGCUCCAAGCUUAGUGGAUACAUCGAAUCCCUUCUUACUGUCUAUGUUUCCAACCUAAACCAAGGAAAACUUCCGAAAGAGAGAAAGAAAAACCAAACAAUGAAUCCUUACUCAAAACAGAGGUGGAGAUCAAGGAACAAAUGGAUUGAUCAAGCCCUCAGAGAGCAGAGUUCUUCUGAUGAGGAUAAUUAUGCUGAUUUAGAAGGAUUCAUCGUUGAAUCCGAAGACGAAAACUCAAAAGAAGAAAAAACAUCAGAAAAUGAAGAAUUUGAACCAAAUAAAGAAGAGGAAGAAGAACUAGAUGAAGAAACUCAAAAGAAAUUGUAUGAAGAAGCAAUGAAAAGAGUCCUUCGUUACAAACCAAAAUUUGGUAAUAUGUUUGAUAGAGUUGUAUAA